CUCAUGAAGCUGAGCCAUGAGACCGUGACCAUUGAACUGAAGAAUGGGACACAAGUGCACGGAACCAUCACAGGUGUGGAUGUCAGUAUGAAUACGCAUCUCAAAGCAGUGAAAAUGACGCUGAAGAACAGAGAACCUGUACAGCUGGAGACACUGAGUAUUCGAGGGAAUAACAUCCGGUACUUCAUUCUGCCAGACAGUUUGCCUCUGGAUACUUUGCUAGUGGAUGUUGAACCAAAAGUCAAGUCCAAGAAGAGAGAAGCAGUGGCUGGACGGGGCCGUGGCAGAGGCCGUGGCAGAGGACGAGGUCGUGGAAGAGGAAGAGGAGGCCCAAGACGAUAACUUCUCACCAUGCAACCCCUACCAAAUUCUGGGCAAUUUCAGCUGUUUUUUUUUUGUACAGGUCUUCAUUAUGGUAUCCAUUUUUAAUAAACAGAAAUAUGAAAAA